AUGGCUGUCGCAAGAAUUAGGUGUUGGUCCUUGCUGCUGGGAGCAUACCUGUACAAGAUAGAGUACAAACGUGGCUCGGACAACCUGAAUGCAGACGCACUCGGUCGGCUUCCUCUAGAAACCACCGAGGAUACAUCAGAGGAGCUACACGAGUACGUGCACUCGCUGCAGCAGCUGGAUGACACGCCGCUUUCGUCGCAAGCAACGAGACAGUUGACCGAGAGAGAUAAAGUACUUGGAAUUGUGAAGUUCUACGUGCUGCAUGUCAUGUACCGGCACAACCUUCGCAAGAUCAACCAGCUGGUGCACCGACGCUACCAGAAGAGGCUCAACCAGCUGUGCUUCGUUCAAAAAGUAAGAAGAUCCUGCAAACUGAAGAAGGCCCUGGAGCUGAAGCAGUUGCCCUGCAGGACGCGCCCCGGCGUGGCCGAAGAAGACGAGGAGCCUGGCUGUCGCGCGGGGCCGAAUGCGCGCCGGGCUCGGGACUACGCUCAGCUGCGCGUCGUCGUCCAGCCACCAGGGAGGAACAGGCGAAUGGCCUCUGACGACGCCCCCGGCCCCAACGGGCCACACGCCGUGCAGAACGUCGACGACAAGCGCGGUUCUGCCGAGUCGAUAGAGCCUCCGGAACGGCGGGCGCGGCUGGUGGUGACUCUGGUCUGCUCGCUGAUCCUGGUCGUCGUCUUCACGAUGAUCAUCUACCGCAUGAUCAACGAGAAAGCGAACCAGAAGCCCCUGAGAAACUCCGUUACAGCGUUCGAGACUCCGCAGAGGUCGGCGAGGACACCCCAUCUGCCACGUGUGGAGCCACCAGUGCCGCCACAUACGCCGCCGCCACCUCCCAACACGGAUGUUGAAAAGGCACCAUCAGCAGCGCUGAACAAGAGCGAAGAGAUGCCGGUGGGUUCAACGUCCGAAACUCCGCCAGGAGAGUCCACAGAGCCAGCGCCCCAGGGCCGAUCCUUCCGGAGACACAGAAGUUCUGCAAGAGAACUGGUGUGUAUUGUCACCGAGAUGACGACACAACAGGACCAGUACCCGACCGGAUACUGCACACACCUUGUCUACUCAGAUGUGGUCUACGAUCCCAAGCACCGAAAGUUCCUAGCCACUAAAAACGACAAGAGCUUCGAGCUGUUCAAGCGCAACCAGCGGGUGACCAACAUGAGCCACCUGGUGGCCCUAAACCCGCACCAGACACUCAACGUCUACCUGAAUGGGCUCACGGACAUCGAGGUGCAGUGGUACUUUGUGCAGAUGAUCGAGUCGCUUAUGAACGACUACCAGCUGGACGGGGUGGCCUUCAUCGGCAUCGAGCUGUCUCUGGACAACGUCCAGCAGUUCUCCAGGGUCAUCGACAGGAUGAAGGAAGCACUGAAAAAGAAACCAACAAGACAGUUCUUCCAGCUUGUCUUCGGUGGCUUCGUCACAGACUUGGACAAUGACCCGACCGAAAUCGCCAAUAGAAUACGAGUGAUUGCUGAAGAGGUUGACAUUUUUAUCAUCGAGACGCACUACCAGAGGCCACUACCACUCUGCAAGACAGUCUUCCCAACGGCUUUCAACAACUACGGCUCCUUCACUCCGAAUGUUCCAAUCAACACAGGUCUCAACUGGCUGAAAGCAUUGGUUCUACCUCGCACACCCAAGGGCAGGAAGAGCAUCUGUAUGUCGCUAAGCAUGGUGGCGCUGCUGUUCAAAGUAUCCGGCACAGUCGAUCACCUCCAACCGGGGAAUGCUUGCUUCGAGGAAAUCUGGAUGAACUACGCCGAGACUUGCAUCGGUCACGGGUGGAGUAAUGUAAAGACGCAUUCAUCAGCGAUGUCGUCCUUCCGGCACAAGAUUAAAUUCUGGCAGUCCUUUGACACGGAUAUCACAGUGACCAGAAAGGUGGACCUAAUCUUGGACCAGGCGAACAAGACGUGUUUCGCUGCGUACUACGUGGACUACGAGGACUACUAUGGCAUGUGCCAGGGCAAAGUGGCAUUUCCGCGGCUGAAGGCCAUCCGAGACCUGCUUAACAAGAGAACGAAUGUCGACGAAGACAUCGACCUUUUCGGACACGACUUCUGAGGACCACAUUACAGCGACGCUCCUCGGUCACGCUCACCGAUGUGCACUUUUCCCACUCCAUCUUUCUUUUCUUUUCAUUCCCGGCGCUGCCAAGAAAUAAGCAACCAUUGAGAUAUCCCUGUGGUAGUGUUCUAAAGUACAGCGGUUGACUAAUAGGAAGUAAAGAAGCGACCGGAAA